AUGGCGUUGCGGGCAGCAGCAAUCGUCUUGUGCAAUGUGAUGAAUUGUGGGGUAGACAACAUCAAGCGAAAUAUCGAGGAAAAUUUUGAUGUCGGACACCCAUCAGUUUACGAAAAUACUUCCGCAUUUGCGAAGAAUUCUUCAUUGCAUGGAUUGAAGUUCAUUGGCGACGAUCGGCUAUCAUUAUAUGAAAGAGGGUUUUUCUUCAUUUCCUUCGUAAUUGCUGCACUUCUAUCGUGCAACUUCAUUUACGAUGUGUAUCAAGAGUGGAGUGCAACACCUGUUAUUAUUGGAAUUAAUCCUGACUCAACGUACAUCAACGAGAUUCCCUUUCCGGCCAUUACAAUUUGUAAUAUGAACCAAGCUUUGGCUGGCAAAGUUCAGGACUUCAAAAAUGGCUCCACUGAAUUUGCAAUGUUGCGGACUUUAUGUGGACGGAAUCCAGGUUUUAACGACAAUAAUGACACCAAGGACUGGCUUGUAUUUCAAAAAUUUAUAGUAGACGUAGCUCAACCCUGCAACAAAAUGUUAGUCUCGUGUCGUUAUGGGUCAAAUGAGAUGAAUUGUUCACAUUUGUUUCGAACGGUUGUAACAGAUGAGGGCGUUUGCUGUGCUUUCAACCUAAUCGACACCAAAUUUAUGUACAAAAAUGCUGACAUGAUUGACCAUUUUGGGCCUUUCAACCCGCCGAAUAUCACUGCUGUAGAUUGGUCUCCUGAGGAAGGUUAUGAGCCUAAUCUACCUCCAAAUUUCUACCCUCGAUCUGCUGCUGGGGUAGGGAAAAGUAUGGGAUUGAGUAUUAUCCUGGACGCACAAGUUGAUGAAUAUUAUUGUUCUUCAACCAAUGGGGCUGGAUUUAAGGCUCUUCUCCACAAUCCAGCUGAAAUUCCUGAUAUUGCAAAUUACGGCUUUUCAUUGCAAGUUGGCCACGAAAUUGGGGUUACUAUUACGCCUGAGAUAGCAGACGCGUCAUACUUACUCCGGAACAUGGAACGAAAGUACCGCCAGUGUAUGUUCUCCAAUGAAGCCAAAUUGAAAUACUACGCCACGUAUACCAGGCGCAAUUGUGAGAUGGAAUGUGAGGCGAAACUUCACAGGGAGCGUUGUGAUUGCGUCCAAUACUACAUGCCUCACAUUGCACCCAAUAUAAACGUUUGUGGUCUAUCCGAUAUGAAAUGUUCAGACUCGGUACGGUACAAGACACACAAAACCAGCGAGGAAUUAUUCCAGUGCAGUGAGGAGUGCAUCCCAGCUUGCUUUGAAUUGAAGUUCGCAACAGACACAUAUUCUUCACGCCUCAGCCAUAAACAGUUUCUUAUCAGUGAUAAGUCGAUCCAAUCUAUGCCCGAGCAGUACGCCGAGGACAAUAUAGUGGCUGUGCAUUUCUACUACACCGAGAGAGCUUUCAGGAGUAAUACCAAGCAACAGUUCGUUGGAUUCACCGAAUUCCUUUCAAACACUGGAGGACUGAUGGGUCUAUUUCUUGGAUUCAGCGUUUUAUCCAUAGUUGAAAUUAUCUACUACAUAUUGAUCCGUCCAUACUUCGCUAUCCAAAGGUACAACGCAAGUGUCCAAUAUAGACGAUUAGUAAGCAAUAGACAGACUCUUCCACCGCCAGCCUACGAAGAGAACCUACAGGAUGUCGCCCGAAGAUACAAGCGAGCAAUUGGAUUUGGCAAGUUUUCCGUCGCUAUGAAUACACGCCUUGCAUACAGAGAUUAA